CGCGCCGCAUUGUGGGACAUGAACAGCGCUCACGUUGCGUUCAGCAAGCAUGGCAGCCAGCAGCAAAAGGAAACUGGAAGAACUGAGCGUGGACGAGUUUCUUGUCUCUGGUUUUGACUCCGAGGAGGACUGUGAGAACGAAGAGGAUGAAGAAACAACAGUCAGCAGAAAUGGCAAGGUCAAAAGAAAGGCAAAACCCACAGCUAAAACACAAGCAAAAAAUUUGAAAAAGGUAGGCAAGGCCUCAGAACACAAAGACCAGCUCUCCAGACUCAAACAGAAGGACCCUGAGUUUUACAAGUUUCUGGAGCACAACGAUCGAUCAUUGCUCAACUUCGAUGACUCAGACAGCUCAGACGAUGAAGACAGUAAAAUCCACAAACUACCGAAGCACUUGGAGGAGGCAAGCGAUGAUGACGACGACGACGAUGAAGUGGAAGCAGCACCAAAAUCUAAACAAUCAAAAGAUGUUAUCAAGGUGACGGAGAAGAUGGUGGAGCAGUGGAAAGAGGCUGUCCAGAAGGAGCUUUCUGCAAAGUUGUUCCGGGAGAUCACUCAGGCCUUUAAAGCAGCAGUGGCUACCACUAAAGGAGAUGGAGUAGACCUUGGCCGAUACAAAGUGGAGGACAGUUCAGUGUUUAAUGCCCUGGUGUCAUUCUGUUUGAGAGACCUUUUUGCAGCUCUUCAGAAGAUGCUUCAGCUAAGGCCAAAUAAAGACAAGAAAAAGCUUGUGCUCCCAUCUUCUAGUCCUCGGUGGCAAAAGGCUCAAAUCGACAUUAAAAUGUAUCUCGCUGGUCUUGUGCAGCUUUUAUCAUGUUUGACAGAAGCUUCUGUUGUAAGUGCUGUGCUGAGACAUGCCAUCCAAAUGGUACCGUACUACCUGUGCCUCCCUAAGCAGUGCAGACACUUCCUAAAGCAAUUGAUCACCCAGUGGAGUACAGGCCAAGAGACAGUCCGAGUUCUGGCUUUUCUAGCUCUUAAUAAAAUCUGCAGACACAAGCAAGAUGUGUAUCUUAAUCCAGUGCUCAAGCAAAUGUACAUCGCCUACGUGAAGAACUGCAAGUUUACCUCUCCGAGCGUCCUCCCAAUGAUCAACUUCAUGCAAAGGACACUGACAGAAAUGUAUGCCCUCGACACACAGGUUUCCUACCAGCACGGCUUCAUAUACAUCAGACAGCUGGCCAUUCAUCUUCGCAAUGCAAUGACAAUGAAGAAAAAGGAAACGUAUCAGUCUGUUUAUAACUGGCAGUACAUCCACUGCCUGUACCUUUGGUGUCGUGUGUUGAGCACGCUGUAUCCCAGCGAUGUCCUGGAUCCACUCGUUUACCCAUUAACUCAAGUGAUCGUAGGCUGUGUCAAGCUGGUCCCCACAGCUAGGUAUUAUCCUCUCCGGAUGCACUGUGUUCGGGCUCUGACCCUGUUGUCUGACAGCACCAAGACUUUCAUCCCUGUUGUCCCCUUUCUUCUGGAGGUUUUGCAGCAAGUUGAUUUUAACAAGAAGCCUGGUCGCAUGAGCGUGAGACCUAUUAACUUUGCUGUGGUCUUAAAGCUGUCUAAUGCAAAUCUGCAGGAGAAGGCAUUCAGGGACGGUCUUAUCGAGCAGCUCUAUGAUCUCAUACUGGAGUAUUUCCACACGCAGGCCUGCAGCAUAGGGUUUCCAGAGCUCGCCCUUCCAGCUGUGAUUCAGCUGAAAGCUUUUCUGAAGGAAUGCAAAGUGGCCAAUUACUGCAAGCAGAUCCGGCAGCUGCUGGACAAAAUACAGGAAAACUCUGCCCACAUCAUGAGCAGGCGACAGAAAGCCACGUUCAAUGUGGCUGACCGGGUGGCUGUGGAAGCAUGGGAGAAACUUACGACAGAGGAAGGUACCCCCUUGACCAAGUACUACAGCCACUGGAAGAAGCUUAGAGAGAAGGAGAUUCAGCUGGAGAUUUCUGGCAAAGAACGGAUGGAAGAUCUGGAAUUACCAGAGAUCAAACGCAAGAAGAUGCAGGAAAGCAAAGAAGGAGACAAAAAAGAAUUUAAGGAGCUCUUUGAAUCAGACAGUGACUCUGAGGAUGAAAGCGGGGGAGUCAAACACAAAGGCAAGAAGGAGGGAGUGUCCGAGGAUGAAGAUUUCCUGAAGGAUCUGUCGGAUAUGAGCGAUGAGGAUGAGGAGGGAGAGAGUGAUGAGGACAACUCCAUCGUGGAAGAUUCAGAUGAUGCUGGUAAAAGAAAGAAGUCCAAAAAAUCAAAGAACAAAACUCCAAAGAAACUGAGCCAGCUGGACCUGAAAGAGCUCACAGAAGGAGAUGAAGAUCUCGUGGAGGACCUGGAGUUUUCAGAUGAGGAUUAACAAGGCUUUACUUUACCAAGAAAAAAAAAAAAAAAAGAACUUUACACACCGUGUAAAAGCGGGUGCUAACUACAUUCGUUAUUUCUAGCUUUUUCAGACAAGAGCUGAAAUUAACCAGCCUAACGUUGUAAUGCAUUUUGGUUGUCUUCAACGAAACGUGUGUAAACUAUGGAUUUAUUCUUUUACUAUCUUGCUCAAAAGACUUUUAGUUUUCAUUUUAAUUUCAAUCUGUGAAGAUUGUGUACUUCACAGAAGGGACUUGACUUUUCAACUGUAAAAUGUACGGAUAUGAAACUGCAGUUUGCCUUAAUAGUAGUGUAUUUGUUUUCAACAGAAAGCGCUAAAAUGUUCCAGCCAGCACAGCAGGUAAUGCAUGUCAAUUCAGGAGUGGGGGAUGUAAUUCGCUUUUCCUGGAGGGAAAAGUAAAUACAGAUGCAGCAGCAUUUUCUAAGGCCUAACUGCACUAAAUGACACAUUUUUAUAAUUGUGAGAAUGUUUCUAAUGAACCCAGAAUAAUCAUGUGUUUUUUGGGGGGUUUUUUUGGUAGCUUUUAUUUUAAUUUUUAUUCUUUCACUACAUAGAUCCCUAUCAGGGCUGUCCUUGCCUCAGGACACUGGAAGAAGUGGGUCAAAAUAGCUGUAGGCUUCCUUACAGCAAUCAUCUGCCAAUGACAGCUUUGAUCUGCAGCCAGCCGUAGAGCAGAGGUGGCAAAGGACCAAAGAUGGUUCCAUUUUUUUUUUUUUUUUUCCUUCCCCUCAUUCCCUCCGGAGGGUAACUGUUUAUUUAAUAACGAAGGAGAUUGACCCCUGCCGCACGCAGCUCUGCUAAAGAAACACACUGUGCUGCUUGGAAGUUUCAUAUCUCAUCCCCUGAAUGUUGAUGCAGUGUUAGCAGUCUUGGGAUACAGAAGGUCGGUGCUCUAUAAUGCGUUUACUGACCUUGAAGUAAGUAGUACCGUAUGCAUAUGAAAUUGCAGUAAUAUACUGUGCAGUGUUUAGGACCCACUGUAGCAUGCAACCAUAUGUUUGUUUCAUGCCGAUGUCAAGUAACAUUUAUUUGAAAAAAGGCUGUGGAAUCUUAAAUAGGUUUCACAUGCAUAUACUUAGUUAAACAUGUUUCACAUACUGCACUGUUAAAUCUGACUCCUGUAUAAUACACUUAGUAAUAAUUUACUGUGCGUGUUGCUUAAGUUCACAGAACGGCUUUUGUAAGGAGUCAAAGGCUUUGUUUAUUGAAGGGAUUUAUUUCACUGAAAGUGAAUGACAAAGCGAAAACAGACCAAACAACUGGGUAAAUUUACAGACCAUUUCAUUUCCACUGUUUUUUACACAUUUAGGUCAAAUUCAAAGAUUUGCAUAAAGAGCCUUGUGCCGUACAUCUCCUGAUUAGAGUGAAACAAACAUUUUUUAAGGUUCAUCUUUGGAAUCCUCUUUAGGGAAUGAAUAUUUACUGUAUAGUGCCAACCUACAACACAAACAAAAAAAAAGUUAAAUAUAUAUUUUUUUGAGUUGCCAUAAAGAGCGGCAUUUGAGGUGGGAUUUUAUUACAAUAGAAAUUAGUACCGACCAAAGCUAGCAAUUCAUAUUUUCUUAAACAAAAAAAAAAUUAAAACGUGCAACUACACAUAACAAAAAGUACCACUUUGUAACGUUUAGGAUUUGUUCUGGACACUGCUGUACAAGAAGGCUAUUUUGUUCAUUUCCCCACAAUAGUAAAUGUGUCCAGGUAAAGAUAUCUAUCUUUUAUAAUCUAGAAAUCUUAAGUUGUCAUCCAUAGUAUAGCUGUGUUGUAUCAAUGACCUCUGUGAUGAGGCACUUUCUUCUUUCCUGUGUAUAGGCAAGUAAAAAAGCCAUGGUUGGUGACUAUUGAGUCCGAGGGACACCUGCUGAUUUGCUGAUCAGUCUUUGAAGAAUAUUUGUACCUGCUAGCAGUCCCAGGUUACAGCAUGGCACCUUAUUUGCCCUGCAUUGUCCAGAAACAAAAGUGUUCAUAUAGUCAGCAACAACCACGGAAGUCUGUACCACAAUGGUGUAAACUUGGAUCAUGUCCUUCAAUCUUUGGUAUAGAUCCUUGGAAUGCAUAGUUGCCAGUAUGUUGCGAGUGAGUUCUUUUCCAUUUCAGAGGGUUGUGUGUGGGCAAGGAGGGGGAAAAAAAAAAAAUCUAAUAAAUCAAGGCUCUCUUUGUAUGCUGAAUAUUCGGCACAAGUGCAGUUCCCGUCAGCAAAGUUAUCCCUUUAGCUUCUGUCUGCCCGACAGAACAGUUUUGAGUUUUUUGGCAAGCUGUUGGAGAGCAGCUGUCUGCUCUCUCUCUCUGGAACGCACUUCCUGUCUGCUUGUUUUCCUCAUUCCCAUCCCCACUGAAUUUUGGAUUCUAUACCUGUGCUGCUGCCUCA